AGUGAAGACGAAUCCCCAUGGCAAAAAUAAUCCUGUCCGUCAAUGCUGGCUCCAGCUCCGUCAAGAUCUCGGUGUAUAGCGCCGAGCAAGGCCAAGAACCAAAAGAGCUCGCAGAAACACAAAUCGACGGCCUGACAGCUCCACCACCUCAACUAAAAUACACCAGAGGCGAACGGACAGUCUGCAAAGAUAAGAAACUAGAAGAGAAGAUCUCAAGUCAAAAUGACGCUUUCAAAUACAUGCUCGACCAACUCAUUGGAGACAAGGACUUCCCGGCCAUCAGCAAGAAGGAAGACAUAGCAAUUGUCUGCCAUCGAGUGGUCCACGGGGGAGACUACGAAACUCCGCAGAUCAUUAACGAAGAUACAUACCACCAUCUUGAGGCUCUGACCGACUUGGCUCCCUUGCACAACGCGUCCGCGCUCGAGAUUGUGAAGUUCUUGAUCAAGGAGAUGCCGGAUACGAGGAACGUGGCUGUUUUUGAUAGCGAGUUUCACCAGACGAUUCCGGAGCAUAUUAGGACGUAUCCGAUAGACCAGGAGAUUGCAAAGAAGAAUAAACUGAGAAAGUACGGAUUUCAUGGAAUCAGUUACUCGUUUAUUACCCGGAGUGUAGCUCAGUAUCUAGGGAAGAAGGAGAGUGAGACGAGUUUGAUUGUGUUGCAUCUUGGUUCUGGAGCUAGUGCUUGUGCAAUAAAAAACGGGAAAAGUUGGGAUACUUCGAUGGGGCUGACACCUUUGGCUGGUCUGCCAGGUGCGACCAGAAGUGGAAGUGUGGAUCCCAGUCUUGUCUUCCACUAUGCUACCAAUGUUGGAAAGCUGUCUCCCAGCUCUACUGAAUCACUCCACAUCUCGCGAGCCGAAGAAAUAUUGAACAAGGAAGCAGGAUGGAAAUCACUAACGGGCACAACAAACUUUGGUGUAAUCGCUUCAUCCGACGAGCCCAAAAUGAAGCUGGCCUUUGAUAUUUUCCUGGACAGAAUUCUGGGUUAUAUUGGAAGCUAUUACGUUACAUUGAAUGGCAAAGUCGACGCAUUAGUCUUCGCUGGUGGAAUUGGUGAGAAGAGCGAUUUGCUCAGGAGAAGAGUCGCAGAAGAAACGGCAUGUCUUGGGUUCGAGGUCGACGACGAGUUGAACAAAAAGCAAAUCAAAGACGUGGUGCAGAGCGUGGGCAAAAAAGGGGCAAAGCAUGGAUUGCUUGUGUGCCAGACAAAUGAGCAGUUUGAGAUGGCGAGAUAUUGUGCAAUAGAUGAGAAACUCUUCGGUUGA